UUUAAGCGUUAUAUUUAUGCUUAGUGGAUUCAGGCCCUUUUGUCAUAAAUGUUAUUAAAAUGUUUAAAAUGAUUUCAUACAAACGUUCGUAACCCCUUGCAUUUUUACUCACAUGAUAAACAUGAUCCGCUGCCGUAUUUAAAUAAUGAAGACACAACAAUAAUUGCGCCACAACAGGAAGCAGCGCUACACGUGGAUUUCAACAACAACGAUUUAAGCAUGGCACCCAAGAGGAAAAAUGAAUCGCAAGUUGGUUCUGAAGGUCAGGUGAUUCAGAAAAAACAGAAGGUGAUAAAAUCAGUGGCUUCACUUAAAGAUACAAAACGCCUCAUAGUCGUGUUGGAACAUGCGUCUCUGGAAACGGUAAAAGUUGGAAAACAGUAUGAGCUCCUCAACUGUGAUAAACACAGAAAUAUUGCCAAGAAAUUCAAAAGGGACAUAACUCAGUGCCGUCCAGACAUCACACACCAGUGUUUGCUGAUGUUGAUGGACAGCCCCUUGAAUAGAGCAGGCCUUCUACAGGUUUAUAUUCACACUGAAAAAAAUGUUCUUAUUGAAAUCAACCCUCAAACAAGAAUUCCAAGAACGUUUGACAGAUUUUGUGGCUUAAUGGUGCAGUUAUUGCACAAACUCAGUGUGCACGCAUCUGAUGGCCCUCAAAAGCUUUUAAAGGUGAUCAAAAACCCAAUCACAGAUCACUUACCAGUGGGUUGUACUAAAAUCUGCACCUCCUUCAGUGCCGACAGUAUUGUCAAUCCACGUGAAUUAGUCCCAUCUGACGAACCAAUCGUAUUUGUUGUUGGUGGUAUGGCUCAUGGCAGUGUGAAAGUUGAUUACACAGAGAAGACGGUUUCCAUCAGCAACUACCCCUUGUCAGCAGCCCUGACCUGCACCAAACUCUGCGGGGCAUUUGAGGAAGUGUGGGGAAUUGUAUAGCGUAUGGCAAUUCAGUCGUGUUUCAGAGAACAAUAAUCAUUAAAUGUGAUGUAAAAAUUCCAAUAUCACACUUCAGCAAUAAGAUCAGAUCGACACACGGACAACUGCGGCUGUUGUGUUCCUUCAAGCAAUUUACUGAGGAGUUUGCUGUAUGUGUCACCAUUACGCCCACCCAUUGAAAGAUGCAGGACAUCUUUGACUUCGAUUGUAGUGGAAAAUGGUAUUCCCGGUAUGUUUCAGGGCAGAACUUUUUUGGUAUUAUAUACCUUUGUAAUGUGAUUUCACUGUGUGUUAGGAAAUAAGAGACUAGUUAAACAUUGAACAAAUACAAUCCAAACAAUCUGGCUAUCCCUUGAAGUAAGGAGGUCUGUUUGAUGGGUACCUGUUAAAGGGUCAGAGAACCGAUUAGUUACCUUGGUGGAAGGAGCGUAACCUGGAUUCGAACCUGUGGCCCCAUCAGCUGCUAAAUGGAUAGAUAUUAUAAAUAUAUAUAGAGAGAAGCGACUACAUUGUCUAUUAGGUGUUUUUUGUUGUCAAAUUUAGCAUAACCCCUAGUAUACCAUUGUGUCCACCGUGGUUCUGCUGCCUCAUUUAAGUGUCAUGUUAAAGACACCACACUUACUGCCCCGUCUAAGCAGUCAGUAGAAAAGUGAAAGUGGGCCCAUUGGUAUGGCUUAAGUCAGGUUUGCUAUUUGACAGGCAAGGAGGUAUAAUGCUAACAUUGCCAAUUCUAAGGUCUUACAGGAUGAAUUGUUUAGGAGGGGGCCUCCGUGGCUCACUUGGUUAGCGCGCUAGUGCAGCGUAAU